GAAUAUACAAAAUGUUUAUGUUAAUCUUCUCAGAUCAGAUAUUGCAGGUUUGAUUUUUGUUUUUUCAUGUAAUCAAACAUUAAUUAGUUCCCAUACUCAUACCGGUCUCAACUGUCACUCAGACCAAAAAUAGUGUGGGGAAAAACUCUCCCUAUCCACCAAAUAAUUAUUACCUACCUAAUUGCGUUGUGUUUUGUUACCGACAACGACCGCGCACCGCACAUCCCUUGCCGGCGUUGGCUUAGAUUCCGACCAAAUCAUGGUACUACUUUAGCUUAGUUUUAGUCUUUUAGAUAUCAUUACUAUAUUCAAGUACAUGCUACAGAAAAUAAUGAGAAAUAAAUAAGGGCUUUUGAAAUAUUGCAAGUGAUGUUUUUCACCUUCACUCUCAUAUCUCACACUCACCUUCUCUGACGCAACUUCGCAGCUUCAACUCAAUUCAAUGUUUAUAUGACCAAAAGCUCAGGAAUUCAAUCCUUGUUGACCCCCUAGAAGAAAAUUUCAACAUAAGGCAAACGAAAAGAGAAGGAAAGUCUAGAGUUCAGGGAGAGUGGCUUCAUGACACUCUCAUGUGCAUAAGCUCAUGUACCAUGCCUUAUUAUGGUAUUUGAGUCUUUGAGAUGAGAAACGGCUACGUUUAAUUCAAGGUUUGCUGAAAAUGAAGAAGUGGUAUGGAGGCUUGUUGAUCAUGACUCUAGUUAUGAUGUUGGUUUUCCUGUACGGGUAUAAAGGAUUUCAGCCACAGAAACAGUCAGCAAAACAAUCAGCAUAUAAUUUCUUUCAUAACCAACAAUUAGUAGAUGAUUAUGUUAACGGUGGUAGCAGUGCUCCUCCUGUUAACUCAUCUAAGGUGGAACAGAAAAGAGUACCGCUGGUACCAAGAGAAAGGCCACAUUUGAUUCAUGUUGACGGGCUUGAUGAUCUGUAUGGCAUGAAAAAUUUAACUGAAAGAGAGAUGAAUACUGUGAUUGUAUGGUCUUACUUGCAUUCCUUACUUUCGAGGUCAGAUGCGCUGCCUGAAACUGCUCAAGGAGUUAAAGAAGCUUCUGUAACAUGGAAAAAACUGCUAUCCAUGGUUGAAGAAGACAAAGUUUCUAGGAUUAAUAAUACAGAAAGCCCAGAAAAUCAAAACUGCCCAUUCUCUGUAACCACAUUUGGUAAGACAAUAUCGGGCAGUGGAAUCACUCUCGAGCUCCCUUGCGGUUUGGUUGAAGAUUCUUCUAUUACAAUUAUUGGCAUCCCUAAUGGGAAUAGCAGCUUUCAAAUUGUCCUUAUUGGACAAGAGCUUGAAGAGAAGCCAAAUCCUCCAAUCAUCUUAUAUUACAACAUAAGAGUUCCUCAAGAUAACAUGACUGAGGAACCAUAUAUAGUUCAAAAUACAUGGACUAGUAAUUUUGGGUGGGGAAAAGAGGAAAGGUGUCCUGCUCGCGGUUCUGCUAACCAGAAAGUUGAUGGAUUUGCUCUCUGCAAUGUACAAGUCGGAAGUAACAACGAAGACAAUGUAAAUGUGGGUCAACCUACUAGUGAUGUAACUGCUAAUGUUUCCUCAGAAAGUGCACAUAGAACUGGUAAUUUCCCCUUUGCUGAGGGGAAUCCUUUCACUGCCACAUUGUGGGUUGGUUCAGAGGGAUUUCAUAUGACUGUUAAUGGAAGGCAUGAAACUUCUUUUGCAUACAGGGAGAAGCUUGAACCAUGGCUAGUCAACAAUGUUAAAGUAGCAGGCAGCCUAAAUCUCUUAUCUGUCCUGGCAAAAGGCUUACCCGUUAUGGAAGAUAGCAAUUUAGUUGAUGUUGAUAAAUUGAAGGCUCCUUCCAUCACCAGGAAAAAGCUUGUUUUGUUGAUUGGAGUGUUCUCUACUGGAAAUAACUUUGAGCGCCGAAUGGCGCUGAGGAGGUCUUGGAUGCAAUAUGAGGCUGUACGUUCUGGAGAAGUUGCUGUCCGAUUUUUCAUUGGGCUUCACAAAAACAAUAGAGUUAACUUUGAGUUGUGGAGUGAAUCUCAAGCAUAUGGGGAUAUUCAAUUAAUGCCAUUUGUUGAUUAUUAUAGUUUGAUUACUUUGAAGACAAUUGCAAUUUGCAUUAUGGGGACUAAAGUCAUGCCAUCUAAAUACAUCAUGAAAACAGAUGAUGAUGCUUUUGUUAGGAUAGAUGAAGUGCUUUCUAGCCUCAAAGGAAAGCCAUCGAAUGGUCUUUUGUUCGGCCUCAUCUCUUCUAAAUCGUCACCUGAGAGGGAUAAAGAAAGCAAAUGGUACAUCAGUGAGAAGGAAUGGCCAUAUGAUACAUACCCACCAUGGGCUCAUGGUCCUGGCUAUGUAAUCUCCCGAGACAUAGCGAAAUUCAUUGUCAAUGGCCACCAGGAAAGAAAACUCCAGCUCUUUAAAUUAGAAGAUGUUGCCAUGGGAAUAUGGAUUGAACAAUUCAAGAAUGGUGGCAAAGAAGUUCAUUAUGAAAAUGAUGAGAGGUUUUACAAUGUUGGAUGUGAAUCAAAUUAUGUACUUGCCCAUUAUCAAAGCCCACGGUUGGUGCUGUGCCUUUGGGAUAAACUGCAAAAAGAACAUCAACCAAGAUGCUGUGAGUAGAAUAUAGUACAUAGUUACCAAUCUUUCUUUUGGUUACUCAUGAAUCUGAGGUUUGAGCUUAUUUAAAUUUUUAAAAUGUAUGUUUGUUAGUGUUACCUUUAAUCAUAUUAGAUGUAUUUUGUAUCUUAUAAUUCAUUGAUUUAUUCAUUGGAAACACUCAUUUUUUCCUAAAA